AAACAGCUGUCAUUUGAGUAUCGUCGACGCGCGAAGGCAGUUGUUUUUUUUUUUAAUUUUAUCAAAGGCAACUAUCGGUCGUGCGUUCAGUGAUUCUGGAUGUUAUCGUAAUUGUUUGUGUGUAGUUGCUAAGUGCUCUCCGUGAAGAAAAAUCGAGAAUAUACAGUGAUAGCUAAGAUGGAGGUGGAAAGCGCCAACUGCAAGGUCCGUGUGUCGCAGUGCGACGACCUCGACAUGUUGGCUGUUGAACGACCCUUGAAGAUUGACAUAGAGAUAAACGGCUUGGAGAUGUUAGUGCAAGAACUACAUAAAGUGUUCGCGAGGGACCAUGUUAAUGUGCAAGACGUACAGAAAUUGAUGGCCGCUUACAAAUCUCAGCCCAAGGACUGGAAGAAAUACGCAAAAUUUGACAGAUUUCGAUAUACUAGGAAUUUGGUCGACGCUGGAAAUGGUGCUUUUAACAUAAUGGUCCUCUGUUGGGGACCCGGUCAUGCAUCUGCUAUCCACGACCAUGCUGAUUCACAUUGCUUCAUGAAAAUUCUGAGCGGCAGCUUAGAGGAAGUAAGAUAUGAGUGGCCUAACAAUGUCGAACCGGAGGUAUUAAAAAAACUAAAGACAAAGAAUUCAUGUUGUUCUGCCAACGAGAUUGCAACGGAGGAUCGAACAAGCGAUUUAAUUUACAACUGUCAGAAUGACACGUGUCCCAAUUUCCGCGCGAAAAGUAACAUCGAACAUCGCGAACAAGAUGGCGACCAGGAUUACGACGCAAACAAAAUGGCGGAAAUAGGUAGAACGGUGUUAGAAGUUAACGACGUUUGUUAUAUUAAUGAUGCUUUAGGUCUACAUCGUAUGGAAAAUCCAUCAUAUGUAGACGGUGCGGUGUCACUACACCUUUACUGUCCACCUUUCGACAGCUGCCGAAUGUUCGACGCAAGGACAGGCAAGCCUACAGACAUAAAAGUCACUUUCUGGUCCAUGUACGGGAAGAAGGUUAAACGAGUAAUCGAGGCAAAUGAUGUUGUAGACAGUCAAGAGUAAUUUUUUUUUUGUUAUUUUAUGAUUUAACCUUAGUUAAGUAAAAGUAUCAGUGGAGUAAGACAUUAAUAGAACGCCAUUGGAACAAAUGACCAAAUGAAAAGACUUAAAAUAUUAAUUUAAUUAUGAAACAGGUUUAUGGUAGCUAAUAAUUAGUAGAUUUUUUGUAAUUUUAAACUACUUUUGGUAGGAUUAAGUUUUAUGAGUAUGGCAAUACUGAUUGUAUUGAUUUUAUUGGACUGU